CUCCCCCGCCCGGCGCCAUGGCAGCUGCGGCCGGGGACUGCUCGGUGAAGCCGCUGCAGAGCGCUAUGAAGCUGGCCAACGGAGCCAUACAGCUGGACACUGGCAACCGGCCGCGGGAGGCAUACAUGGAAUACCUGAGGAGCAUCCACUACAUCUCCCAGGUGCUACUGGAGGAAUCGACUAAAGAUGCCUGGGAAACAAUGUCCCCUGACACCUCAAAGAUGCUAAAGCUGGCUGAGCAGUGUCUGGAGCGGGCCCAGUCAACAGCUGCCAAGCUUGGGAAGACUCUCCAGAAGCCAGCAGUGCCCAUGGCUGCUCCAGCGCCGCCUACUGGCCGACACCGCCGGGUGUGCUCAGAUGAAGGAGGGAAGCUCUCUCCAUUCCUGCCACCUGAGAUCUUCCAGAAGCUUCAAGCAGUAGAGUCCCAAAACUCUAAGAAGGAGCUGACACCGCUGGAGGAGGCUUCCCUACAGAACCAGAAACUGAAGGCUACCUACGAGGCUCGGAUGGCCCGUCUGGACCCCAGCCAGGCCAUGCAGAAGACAUCACUGACCCUGUCUCUGCAGCGGCAGAUGAUGGAGAACUUGGUGAUCGCCAGAGCCCGAGAGGAGACGCUGCAGCGGAAGAUGGAGGAACGCCGGCUGCGGCUCCAGGAGGCUGCCAACAGGAGGUUCUGUAGUCAGGUUGCCUUGACUCCCGAGGAGCGGGAACAGCGGGCCCUUUACGCAGCCAUCCUCGAGUAUGAGCAAGACCAUGACUGGCCAAAGCACUGGAGGGCCAAACUCAAGAGGAACCCAGGGGACCUGUCCCUGGUGACCAGCCUGGUGUCUCAUCUGCUCAGCCUUCCUGACCACCCAAUCUCGCAGCUGCUGAAGAAACUGCAGUGUGCAGUGUACAGCGCACUGUACCCUGUUGUGAGCCAGGGCAGCUUUGGCACUCCAUCCACCCCAGGGUGCUGCUCCUUGACCCCAGAUGCCGACAGGCUCCUGGAUCCUGGGAGCCGGCGCCUCCGCUCCUCCCAGAGCCUGUAUUGCAUGCUGUCCCCCCAAGAACCUAGUGUGGCCCCACAGUCCCAGGAUAGACCCCCUGCCACCCCACCACUCCUGCCCAGGCCCCUGGACAAAGGGGCAGACAGUAGCCCAGCCAGGCCCCCGUCACCCCUGGGGGAUACCUUGUCCCGCCUGCCCGAUAAGGACAGCUCCUUCGAGGACCUGGAGCAGUUCCUGGCUAAAUCAGAGAGGUGUGCCUGGGGCUCUGGGGCACAGGCUGAGCUGCAGGUCCAGGUGACACAGAGGGAGCCCUUGCUGGAGUGUCUGAAGAGCACGGUGAAGGACAUUCAUAAUGCCAUCGACAGGCUGCUCUCACUGACCCUCCUGGCCUUUGAGAGCCUGAACACAGCUGCUUGCAAAGACCGCUGCCUGGCCUGUCUUGAGGAGCCCUUCUUCUCCCCACUGUGGCCUCUGCUACUGGCCCUGUACAGGAGUGUGCACCAUGCCCGGGAGGCCGCCCUGAGCAGGAGUAUGGAGCUCUACCGGAAUGCACCUCCCACAGCCCUAGGUGUCCCCACCAAGCUCCUGCCCCCGGGCCCUGAGGGCAAGGGGGCUGCCAGCUACCCCUACUGCAGCGCGGCCCAGGAGCUGGGGCUGCUGGUUCUGGAGAGCUGCCCACAGAAGAAGCUGGGGUGCAUAGUGCGGACCUUGCGAGUCAUCUGCAUCUGUGCCGAAGACUACUGCCGUGCCCAGGAGCUCAUGCCUGAAGCCGGACCCCAAACCCCUGUAGCCGCCAUUGGCGCGGAUGAUUUGCUGCCCAUCUUGUCCUUUGUGGUGCUGAGGAGCGGCCUUCCCCAGCUGGUAUCAGAGUGCGCGGCCCUGGAGGAAUUCACCCAUGAGGGGUACCUGAUUGGAGAGGAGGGCUACUGCCUGACAUCACUGCAGAGUGCCCUGAACUACGUGGAGCUGCUGCCUCGGGGGCCCCUGGGCAAAUAGUAGAGCCUGCACCCCAGGGCCACCUCAGUACUCACUGAAGAUGACCCCUUUGGUCUCCAUGCUGCUCUGCACUCAGGUGCCAGGCACUGGGGGCAGCCAGCUGUGGUGGAGCCCCAGCUCUGGUCCCUUUCUUGGUCUGUAGCUGCCCCUGAUGCUCAGGGCAGCCUCUUUCUGCAGCAGGACAGGCACAUCAGCUCCCUGCACCCUGCUGUCCUGUGCCUGCCUCUGAGAGGCCCUUGGAAGGAAGCCUGGAGCUGCCCCUCCUCAGGGGUACUGCACAGAAGGACCAGAGUCCAAAGCAAGAACCACUCUCCCCUGCCUGAACCUGGGCACAGUAGGGAGGACCCUGCUGUUUAUUUAUUGGGCAGUGGCUGCCCUGUUCAAGUCGGGGCUUGGAGCUGCGCCCCCUCCCUGGCAGGAGCCCCCUCCCUGACUCAUUAUGGCAGUGUUUAAUGGAUGUUCUGGGACCUAGCCAACUCCCUCCCUGUCCUGCCUUUCCCAGAUCAGUGUGAGUCCAAGGGUUCCUGGCCAUGUGGCUACCAGCUGGGCUCAAAAUAAAGAGAUCACCGCAGUU